CGGAUACUGACACUGUAGACUCGGGGUAGAAACAAAGAGUCUGUGCAGACCUCUGGAGUGAGCGGGGCUGCUCCUUCCUCUGCAGGACAGCUCCCUCUGUGCCGAGGGGAAAGAGAGGAGAGAGCCCUGGGAGUCAAGCCUGCUUCGGGAGCGGGAGGAGAAGGCUCUCACUGAUGGACUUGUUCACGCAGCACAGCCCUGUGCUCUAGACAGCAGCUGAGGGCUGAGGACGCAUACGUGCCUGCAAGUUUGCUGAGCUCACAGUUUAUAACCCAAAAGAGAGAAAGAAUGUGGCAGAUUGUUUUCCUAACUUUUGGCUGUGAUCUUGUCUUGGCCUCAGCCUACAAUAACUUUCGGAAGAGUGUGGACAGCACAGGGAAAAGGCAGUACCAGGUCCAGAACGGGCCCUGCAGCUACACAUUCCUCCUGCCUGAGACCGACAGCUGCCGAUCUUCCUCCAGCCCCUACAUGUCCAAUGCCGUGCAGAGGGACGCACCCCUCGACUACGACGACUCUGUACAAAGGCUGCAGGUGCUGGAGAACAUUCUAGAGAACAACACACAGUGGCUGAUGAAGCUGGAGAACUACAUCCAGGACAACAUGAAGAAGGAGAUGGUGGAGAUCCAACAGAAUGUGGUGCAGAACCAGACGGCCGUGAUGAUAGAGAUCGGAACCAGCCUGCUGAACCAGACCGCGGCCCAAACUCGGAAACUGACUGACGUGGAAGCCCAAGUAUUAAACCAGACGACAAGACUCGAGUUGCAGCUUCUCCAACAUUCUAUUUCUACCAACAAAUUGGAAAAGCAGAUUUUGGACCAGACCAGUGAAAUAAACAAACUACAAGAUAAGAACAGCUUCCUAGAAAAGCGAGUGCUGGACAUGGAGGACAAGCACAGUGUGCAGCUGCAGUCCAUGAAAGAGCAGAAGGACCAGCUCCAGGUGCUCGUGUCCAAGCAGAGCUCAGUCAUCGAGGAGCUGGAGAAGAAGCUGGUGACCGCCACGGUGAACAACUCAGUCCUUCAGAAGCAGCAGCAUGACCUGAUGGAGACGGUCAACAGCCUGCUGACCAUGAUGUCAACGCCCAACUCUAAGGGCUCUGUUGUUGCCCCUAAAGAGGAGCAAACCACCUUCAGAGACUGCGCCGAAGUCUUCAAGUCAGGAAUCAUCACCAGUGGCAUCUACACGCUAACCUUUCCCAACUCCACAGAGGAGAUCAAGGCCUACUGUGAUAUGGACAUGACUGGAGGUGGGUGGACAGUUAUCCAACACCGGGAAGAUGGUUCCGUUGACUUCCAGAGAACAUGGAAAGAAUAUAAAGAGGGGUUCGGGAGCCCUCUGGGAGAGUACUGGCUGGGGAACGAGUUUGUGUCACAGCUGACCAAUCGGCAUCGCUAUGUGCUUAAGAUACAGCUGAAGGACUGGGAAGGCAACGAGGCACACUCACUGUAUGAGCACUUUUACCUCUCCAGCGAAGAAUUCAAUUAUAGGAUUCACCUUACAGGACUUACAGGCACCGCAGGCAAAAUAAGCAGCAUCAGCCAACCAGGAAGUGAUUUUAGCACAAAGGAUUCGGACAACGACAAAUGCAUCUGCAAGUGUUCCCAGAUGCUCACGGGAGGCUGGUGGUUUGAUGCAUGUGGUCCUUCCAAUUUGAAUGGACAGUACUACCCACAAAAGCAGAAUACAAACAAGUUCAACGGUAUUAAGUGGUACUACUGGAAGGGGUCCGGCUACUCGCUCAAGGCCACAACCAUGAUGAUUCGGCCAGCAGAUUUCUAAAUGCCUCCUCUACUACCACAAGAGCGUACUGUGUCCAAAGAUUAACCCAAAGCACUGAGAGACACCAAUGCACAGCAGCCCUCUCCCCGUCAGGAGGUGCUCCUGGGGGUGGGGAGGACCUCUGUGUGCCAGACCGAAGCACAUCACUUAAGCCUGCACCAAUAACCAACCUGAGGAAACCCAAAGGCACCGCGGUCCGGAGAAACACCUGUGGGAAGGUGACGCUGAGGCUGAGAAUCUGAGGGACAGCAUGCAGACUGCCACAAGGAAGAACGUUACGUGAGGGUUCAUCAGUCGAUAACUGGACAACAGAACACUUAGAGAAGAUGACCUUGAACCACAGCCCUCGA